AUGCCCAUGUUCUGUUUCUCAAUGUUCGCAUGUCAGCUUGAACCCAGAGGUCACGAAUACGCGUGUCUCCGUGAACAUUGCUUCGACUGGGCUGCCCCACUGUCCAAUCCUUCCUCCCGCAUGAUAUCAUCCGGUCGGAAACACGCUGGCAAGCGCACAACCAUCGAGUUGCUCGCGGUCGUCAAGGAUACCCCCGCGAAGAUUCUCAAGGCACUUCUCAAUUUCAUGAGAUCAUGCAGACUCGGCCUGAAUCUCGGCAUCUCGACCAUUUCCGCCACUACCGCCUUCUUCACCGCUGCGGUGUACGGUUUCUUCCCAUUGUCGACGGUCUUUUUGAUGUUUAGGGCAUCCUGGCUGCCACCGGAAUAG